CGGCCUCGCGGCCAUGGCCACGGAGCGGCAGAGGGCCGUCCUGGAGCUGCUGCAGCGGCCCGGGAACGCGCACUGCGCGGACUGCGGCGCCCCAGGUCCCGACUGGGCCUCCUACACCCUGGGCGUGUUCAUCUGCCUCAGCUGCUCCGGCAUCCACCGCAACAUCCCCCAGAUCAGCAAGGUCAAGUCUGUCCGCCUGGACGCCUGGGAGGAGGCCCAAGUGGAGUUCAUGGCCUCCCACGGGAAUGCUGUCGCCAGGGCCACGUACGAGCCCCAGGUGCCGUCCUUCUACUACCGGCCCACGGCCUCCGACUGUCACCUCCUGCGGGAACAGUGGAUCCGGGCCAAGUACGAGCGGCAGGAGUUCACCGACCUGGAGAAGCAGGAGCCCUACUCAGCAGGGUACCGGGAGGGCUUUCUCUGGAAGCGGGGCCGGGACAACGGGCAGUUUUUAAGCCGGAAGUUCGUGCUGACCGAGCGAGAGGGAGCCCUGAAGUAUUUCAACAGAAAUGAUGCCAAGGAGCCCAAGGCCGUCAUGAAGGUGGAGCACCUGAACGCCACCUUCCAGCCAGCCAAGAUCGGCCACCCCCACGGCCUGCAGGUUACCUACCUGAAGGACAACAGCACCCGCAACAUCUUCAUCUACCACGAGGACGGGAAGCCUCCGCCCCCAGGAGAUGGUGGACUGGUUCAACGCGCUGCGAGCCGCCCGCUUCCACUACCUGCAGGUGGCCUUCCCGGGGGCCAGCGACGCCGACCUGGUGCCCAAGCUGACCAGGAACUACCUGAAGGAAGGCUACAUGGAGAAAACAGGGCCCAAGCAAACAGAAGGCUUCCGGAGGCGCUGGUUCACCAUGGACGACCGCAGGCUCCUGUACUUCAAGGACCCGCUGGACGCCUUCGCCCGGGGGGAGGUCUUCAUCGGCAGCAAGGAGAGCGGCUACACGGUGCUGGACAGGCUGCCACCGUCCACCCAGGGCCACCACUGGCCGCACGGCAUCACCAUCGUCACGCCGGAGCGCCGGUUCCUGCUGGCCUGCGAGACGGAGGCGGAGCAGCGGGCGUGGGUGGAGGCCUUCCGGAAGGUGGUGGACAGGCCCAUGCUGCCGCAGGAGUACGCAGUGGAAGCCCACUUCAAGCAUAAGCCCUAGCGAGGGACGGUCCCGGAGGCCUGAGGAACAUGGAUGCGGCGACGUGGCAGGGGCCGGACGGCAGGGCCUGCGGACCGAGGAAGCAGCCGCUGGCGCCGGGGCAGCCCGGGACCUGAGUGGCAGCCGCUGGCGCCCGCGUCUCUGAAGCCUCCUCCGUGGGCUGCCCGCCCCCACCCGCCGGGCCACCCUUCCCAAGGGCCCAGCAGCCCCUCCCUGACUCGCCCUGCCCCCCGCACAGGCACCCGCCCGGCCCGGGGCUCGACGGGGCUGCGGGGGGCCUGCAUGCCCCCCUCAAGAAGUAUUUAUUGAGCAUCGGCUGGGUGUCACUCUUGGGGUCCCGGGGCUGGAGGGGAACGCGUGGUCCUCACCCUCGGCUGACCUGGAGGCACGUGGGUCCUGGGGUCAGAGGCCUCCCGGCCGCCUGCGCCGGGCCCUGGGGGCGCCUUACUGUCCAGGCGCUGCCCGGCGUUCACCCCUUUCCCGGCCUGACCUCACCGCCGCGGCCCCUUGAGGCUGGAGGCCCGAGCCCCGCCCACCCCCGUGGCCCCGCCCCUCAGCGGCUGCGCCACCGACACCCUCCCCGGUGGGGACGUGCCUGGGAGAAGGGGGUGGUGCGGACUAUGGGGGGGGAGGGGUCCUGACCCCGUCCUGCUGCCCCUGCCCCCGUGUCGCCCCAGAGCGAAGCAGGGCCUGAGGGGCCUGGGUUGAGGGCUUGCCCCGAGCAGGUGGGGGGGCUCCUCAGGACAGAUGGGGCCCAGUCCUGUCCCAAGUCACCCAGGGGCCACCUCCCUCGCCAGCUCAGACCGGCUGCGAGCCUGGGCUGGCGCUGCGGCCGAGGGGCCCGGCCCCCCACGGAGCCCAGCUGACAGGCCCCCAGGGCGCAGGACAAGGGGCGAGGGCCCCCUCCUGACCAGGGCCUGCUGCAGCCGGCCGGCCGCCGUCCACUCCCCCCGCCUGAGAUGAGCCCUGGGCCGGCCUCCCGGCCCCUCCCCCAGGCCCGGACGCAGGGCGCCCACUCUGCACG